AUGAUCAAAGAAUGUGCUGACUCUGCAUCACACAUUGUGUAUCAUCACUAUUCAAAUCGGAAACUUUCUAUUAUACUGAUUGGAAGUGUGUCUCUCGUCUGUAUUUUGAACGUAUUUCCAUUCAAAACAAUAACUCGAGCACCUCUGGAUGUAGUCGAUUCAAAGACCAAUAAACUCCAGUCUCCUUUUUCGCGUACUCUGGCGUUUAUUCGACUGAAUGGUCAACGUCCCGAACGGCUGCGAGUGUUGGAAAACUAUCGACCGUUCUUCAUUAAUCUUCAUUAUUCGAUGCCACAGUAUACAUCAGUUAUUAACUAUACUGCCGACGGAUGGCUAUCCGGAGAUGAUCCGUACAAAGCUGUGUCUGAAACAAUGAAAGUCCUGUUGAAAAAUUACCCUAUGGCAUGGAUCAAUCCGUUUCAGUUCGAUCAAAUGAAUUAUAAGAAUAUCUGGUUGGCUGGACAAGCAUCUUCAUACAUUUGCGGUGGACAUUCCGUAGGAUCGAAAUGGAUCUAUUGGAAUAACGAUUCGUUACGAGCUGUCCAAAAUGCGAAGAAAACCCUGACAAAACAGCAUCCAAAUCGAUUUAUUACGGAUGAGAAUAUUAUGUGUGGCGGUUGGACUGAUAUAUAUUAUAUUCCUCGACGAUUCUUUCAAGAUUUUAUUUAUUUAUCAGAUGCAUUUCAUCAGAGUCGAUCAUUUCACGAAAUUGGAAUUCCGACAAUGUUCAAUAUGAUAGAUCUCACUUAUCGAUCAACACCUUUUCACACUGUCAUUACACAUCUCGAAGAUUGCUGGGGAAAUUGCUGCUCGUAUGGUGCAAAUGCGAAUGAAAUCAAUACAAAACGAUGUGGUCAUAAAAUCGAUUUAGCCAAUGAUCAAGUUGUCAAGGUGCUGAUUAAUCUGUUGAAUUCAGAAGCAUAUUAUCUUCAUAAAACUACACCAAAAAAAUCCAACAAUCAAUCUGUAUGGCUCACUUACAUGUGGAGAAUGUUUGGCACAUAG